GGUGAAAGGUUGAGCCAGGAAAAGGGGUGGGGCUACGCGCACACUCGCGCGGACGGUCGGAACGGUCUGAGGCCCAUGUGGAGUGGCGGGAGAAGCGGCCUGACUGCCACUUCUGGAUCGAGAUCUUGGGCCCUCAGCAGCUAUGAAGGGUAGCCGGAUCGAACUGGGUGAUGUGACGCCACACAACAUUAAGCAGUUGAAGAGGUUAAAUCAAGUCAUCUUUCCUGUCAGCUACAAUGACAAGUUCUACAAGGAUGUGUUAGAGGUCGGCGAGCUUGCCAAACUGGCCUAUUUCAAUGAUAUUGCUGUGGGCGCAGUGUGCUGUAGAGUAGAUCAUUCUCAGAAUCAGAAAAGAUUGUACAUCAUGACACUUGGAUGUCUGGCCCCUUACCGACGGUUAGGAAUAGGAACUAAAAUGUUGAAUCAUGUGUUAAACAUCUGUGAAAAAGAUGGCACCUUUGAUAAUAUCUAUCUGCAUGUUCAGAUUAGCAAUGAGUCAGCAAUUGAUUUCUACCGAAAAUUUGGAUUUGAGAUCAUUGAAACAAAGAAGAACUACUACAAAAGGAUAGAACCAGCAGAUGCGCAUGUGCUGCAGAAAAGCCUCAAAGCCCCCUGUCUUGGCCAGAACACAGAUAUGCAAAAAUCUGACAACUGAACAAAACCCAGGAAACCCUUUCUUGCACUUUCUUGUCACCAAAUAAGGAAAGAAGGCCUGGAGUUUUGGUUUUUUGUUUCCUUUUUCCUAAUACGUGCUGUACCCUGUCCAACAAAUUAAUAACUUCCUAAGGAUUGUCAAA